UUCCAUCGGAUUGCCAUUGGUCAUGUUAAUGAAGAGCAUUUGAAAGGAAGUCUUCAACACAUGGUCAAGUAUGGCUUCUUGAAAGAGAGUACAGAAAAGGAAUCAUCAUUUUGGACCCGUUUGGUGGCAGAAAUCCACCAGGCACUAGAAGAGAAAGUCGCG